AAUAAAAAAAGGUUCAAAAAAUUGAAAAGUUAUUUAAUGCAACAUUUGAUCUAAAUUUGAUGUGAAAUGAUAAGAUUUACGCUUGAAAGGUAGUGGAACCCUUGUGCCUAUGCACAAAGGCCUGUCUAGAAAUUUUUAGGAGCCCUCACACAAGAAAGUUGUUUGUAGGAUUUCUUCAAUGGUGAGCUGAGUUGAGUAGGGGUGGGGGAAGGAGAAAGAGGAUGGGAUCGAGGGUAAGGAGCAAUGGUGAUGGGCACAGACGAUUAGGGACGAUGGGGCUAUGGGACAGAGGGGUAACGUAGAGCUUUUGAAAUCCCAAGGGAGAAGGAGUAGCAGAACUUUGCUUGCCGCCAAAGAAAUGUAAUUUUCAAGGGAGUCAGGAGACUCAGGACCUGAGUAGCAGUCAAUUUUUUUCCAAGAAAUUGUAUGGGACAGAGUAAUACAUGAUUUGUCCUUGAUUAAGUAGAGACUAAGAGAUACCAUGAACAAUAUCUUGGGCACUCUCAAAAAACCAAGGCUAAUCAGUUCCCUCAACACCACCAAGUCAUCUAACGAACUCAUCAACCGCCUGUCAGCUUCAGGUGCUCAUAGAGAGGUCCUUCACGUCUACUCUUGCAUGCUGAGGGACGACACUCUUCCUGACGCCCACACCUUUCCCAGUUUGCUAAAAGCUUGCACCUCUAUUGGUUUACCUUCACAUGGCCUCUCAAUUCACCAACGCAUCAUCGUUGAUGGCUACUCGUCUGACGCCUACAUUGCCACUUCUCUCAUCAACAUGUAUGCGAAAUUUGGGAAGACCCAUGUUGCAUGUCAAAUCUUCGAUACAAUGCCUGAGAGAAGUCUCGUCCCCUGGACUGCUAUCAUCGGCUGCCAUUCACGUGCCGGCCAAGUAGAUAUGGCUUUCUCUGUGUAUAAUCAGAUGAGGCAAGAAGAAAUUCAACCCAAUUCUGUUACUCUGUUGGGCUUGCUCUUUGGAAUUUCACAGCUUAUCCAAUUGCUAUGCGUCCAUGCUUUGGUGGUUCGAUUGGGUUUCGAAUCUGAAAUUUUGGUGAUGAAUUCUUUGUUGAAUGUGUACGGUAGAUGUGGGAGGGUGGACAUGGCACGUCAUUUGUUCGAUUCGGUGCAUCAAAGAGACAUUGUUUCCUGGAAUUCUCUCCUUUCGGGUUACUCCAAAAAUGAGAACGUAAUGGAGUCUUUGGAGCUUUUGAAUAGGAUGAGGAUCAAUAGAGCAGAACCAGACCAGCAGACAUUUGGGUUUGUGGUGUCUGCGAUUGCGAAUCAAAGCCAACUUCAAUUGGGACAAUCCGUCCACGGGCAGAUUGUCAAGGCUGGUUUUGGAUUCGAUGGACAUGUGGAAACAACUCUUGUGGUCAUGUACUUGAAAUGUGGAAAUGUUCAGAAUGCUUUACUGAUGUUUAAUGAGAUCGAAGAUAAGGAUGUGAUCUCAUGGACAGCCAUGAUCUCGGGUCUGGUACAAAAUGAUAGAGCUGACGAGGCUCUUAACAUAUUCCAUUCGAUGCUAAAGUCAGGAGGGAUGCCCUCUACUGCAACCAUAGCUAGUGCUCUCGCUGCUUGUGCACAGUUGGGUUCCUCUUCUCUGGGAACUUCCAUCCAUGGGUACAUCAUCAGGCAGAAAAUUAAAGUAGACACUGCUGCUGAGAACUCGCUUCUUACCAUGUACGCUAAGUGUGGUCAUCUAGAACAGAGUUGGGCAGUGUUUGAUAGGAUAGAAGACAGAGAUGUUGUUUCAUGGAAUGCAAUAGUUGCUGGUUAUGCUCAGAAUGGUAAUUUGGACAAGGCCUUGUGCCUCUUCAAUGAAAUGAGGGAGGCCUGCCAAAGACCUGAUCCUAUUACGGUUGUCUCCCUUCUCCAAGCUUGUGCCUCUAUUGGGGCACUCCAUCAAGGAAAGUGGAUCCACAAUUUUGUGAUUAGAAAUGGAGUUGGUCCUUCCAUCUCAAUUGACACUGCUUUGAUUGAUGUGUAUUCAAAAUGUGGUGACAUCAACGCCGCUCAAAGGUGUUUUGAUGAUAUGCCGGAGCAUGACUUGGUUUCAUGGAGUACAAUGAUUGCAGGAUAUGGUAGCCAUGGAAAGGGAGAGACAGCUUUGAGGAUGUACUCAGAAUUUCUGGGAACCGGGAUUGAACCUAAUCAUGUGAUUUUCCUUGCUGUCCUCUCUGCAUGUAGUCACUCUGGACUUGUUUCUCAGGGUUUGAGUGUUUUCCAGUCUAUGACACAAGAUUUUGGGAUUGAACCAAAGCUGGAGCACCGGGCCUGCAUUGUUGAUCUCCUCACCCGAGCUGGAAGGGUUGUAGAGGCAUAUAACUUCGUCAAAAAGAUGUUCUCACAACCCAGUGCUGAUGUUCUUGGAAUACUGCUUAAUGCUUGUCGUACCCAUAGAAAUGCAGCUCUUGCAGAUGUUGUUGCCAGGGAAAUUAUCAUGUUGAAGCCCACCAAUGCCAGCAAUUAUGUCCAGUUGGCACAAAGCUAUGCUUCAAGGAGCAAAUGGGAUGGCAUGGGAGAAGUGCGGAUGCAGAUGAAAUCCUUGGGCUUGAAAAAGGUGCCCGGUUGGAGUUCUAUCGAACUACACGGAACAAUUGCAACAUUUUUUGUAGAUCAAAGUUCACAUACUCAAUAUGAAAAGUUAAUGUUAGUGUUGAACAUCCUUGGCAUGGAAAUGAAACAUGAACUCUAGCAUCCAUACCUAGUUUCUGUUAGAAAUACCCAGAAAAAUGGAGCAAAAAUAAGCAAAAACCAGGCGGCGAGAUAAUGAUCGGAUCCUUAAGAGUUUAGUAGACUGCAAGGGGUGAUGGUCAUACCAGCCCAAAACAAGUGAAAACUGUUAACUGAUCAGUGCAACCUAACUUGAUAAAUUGAUUCUUGAAUGUACCACAUGGUGUGAUGCUUUUGAGAUGAAACUUACACUAGUACUAGAGGCUUAUUUUGGCAAUUUGUACAGAAGAGUUUUGCCACCAUCAGGGAGAACUUCACAAAGAUUGUGGUCUAACAGGUCAACAUGGGAACCAAAUGCAAAAUCUUCAUGGUUCCUUUAUUCUUGUCGUUCCUUUUGUUACUUUUGGUCUUCUCUGCUUCUUCGGAUGGAUUGGUUAGGAUCGGAUUGAAGAAAAGAGCAUUGGAUAAAAAUAGCCGGAUUG